AUGGCGACCGCCGGGAAGGUGAUCAAGUGCAAAGCCGCGGUGGCGUGGGAGGCGGGGAAGCCGCUGUCCAUGGAGGAGGUGGAGGUGGCGCCGCCGCAGGCCAUGGAGGUGCGCGUCAAGAUCCUCUUCACCUCCCUCUGCCACACCGACGUCUACUUCUGGGAGGCCAAGGGGCAGACUCCCAUGUUCCCUCGGAUCUUCGGUCAUGAAGCUGGAGGCAUAGUGGAGAGUGUUGGAGAGGGUGUGACUGAGCUUGCCCCUGGUGACCAUGUCCUCCCUGUGUUCACUGGGGAGUGUAAGGAAUGCCCACAUUGCAAGUCUGCAGAGAGCAACAUGUGUGAUCUGCUCAGGAUCAACACCGACAGAGGUGUCAUGAUCGGGGAUGGCAAGUCACGCUUCUCUAUUGACGGGAAGCCGAUUUACCAUUUCGUAGGGACUUCCACCUUCAGUGAGUAUACUGUCAUGCAUGUUGGUUGUGUUGCCAAGAUCAACCCUGAGGCUCCCCUUGACAAAGUCUGCGUUCUUAGCUGUGGUAUUUCCACUGGUCUUGGCGCAUCCAUUAAUGUUGCAAAACCACCAAAGGGUUCGACAGUGGCGAUAUUUGGGCUAGGAGCUGUUGGCCUUGCUGCUGCAGAAGGUGCAAGGAUUGCAGGUGCAUCAAGGAUCAUUGGUGUUGACUUGAACGCCAGCAGAUUUGAAGAAGCUAGAAAAUUUGGCUGCACGGAAUUUGUGAACCCGAAAGAUCACACCAAGCCAGUUCAACAGGUGCUCGCUGAGAUGACAAAUGGUGGAGUUGACCGCAGUGUUGAGUGCACGGGCAACGUCAAUGCUAUGAUACAAGCAUUUGAAUGUGUUCAUGAUGGCUGGGGUGUUGCUGUGCUGGUGGGUGUGCCGCACAAGGACGCCGAAUUCAAGACCCACCCGAUGAACUUCCUGAACGAGAGGACUCUCAAGGGCACCUUCUUCGGAAACUUCAAGCCGCGCACUGACCUGCCCAAUGUCGUGGAGAUGUACAUGAGAAAGGAGCUGGAGGUGGAGAAGUUCAUCACACACAGCGUGCCGUUCUCGGAGAUCAACAAGGCGUUCGACCUCAUGGCGAAGGGCGAGGGCAUCCGCUGCAUCAUCCGCAUGGAGAACUAG